AUGUCGCUCGCGUGCGGGCUGCCGCUGCUGGAGUGCGUCUACUGCCUGGGCUGCGCGCGCUGGGCGGUCAAGCGCUGCCUCCACACCGGUGACCGCGACAGCGCCACCUGGGGCCAUGCCGCCGCCGCCGACUUCGCCCCCGUCCCCCGCAUGUGCCGCAUCAUCAUGGCCAACUACGACGACCCUUCCUCCCCGACCCCGACCCCGACCCCGACCCCGCCCCUCCUCUCCCCUACCGUCGACCCGGCCAACAUCGUCCGCCGCCGCACCUACGCCCACACGCGCGGCCGGGUCACGCCCUACCUCGUCUACCUCGACCACGCGCACGCCGACAUCGUGCUCGCGCUCCGGGGCCUCAACCUCGGCCGCGAGUCUGACUACGCGCUGCUCCUAGACAACCGCCUAGGCAAGCGACGCUUCGACGGCGGCUACGUCCACAACGGCCUACUCCGCGCCGCAGGCUGGGUGCUCGACAAGGAGUGCGACCUGCUACGGGACCUCCUCCACCGCUACCCCGACUACACGCUCACCUUCACGGGACACUCCCUAGGCGCAGGGGUCGCCGCCAUGCUCACCAUGGUCGUCGUCCUCAACCUAGACAAGCUAGGGGUAUGCCGCUCAAGGACCAGGUGCUAUGCCGUGGCCCCAGCCAGGUGUAUGUCGCUCAACCUUGCAGUCAGAUACGCAGACGUCAUCAACUCCGUCGUCCUACAGGAUGAUUUCUUGCCUCGGACUGCUACUCCUUUAGAAGAUAUUUUCAAGUCUAUUCUCUGUCUGCCAUGUCUCCUAUGUUUGAGAUGUUUGAAGGAUACAUGCAUACCUGAAGAUGCUCUGUUGAAAGAUCCAAGGAGGCUCUAUGCACCAGGUCGGAUAUAUCACAUUGUGGAAAGGAAAAGUUUCAGGUGUGGGAGAUAUCCACCGGUGGUCAAAACAGCUGUGCCGGUGGAUGGUCGAUUUGAGCAUGUAGUUCUUUCCUGCAACGCCACGAUGGAUCAUGCCAUUAUUUGGAUCGAGCGGGAAGGCCAGAAAGCUUUGGAUCUGAUGCUGGAGAAGGAGAACGCGAUGUCAGUGCCAUCGGACCAGCAAAUGGAGCGGGACGAGACGGUGCAGCGGGAACAUGUGGAGGAGCAUAAGGCGGCGCUGCGCAGGGCUGCCACACUGUCGGUGUCAGGGAUCGCCUCGGCGUACGGUACAUUUGGUGGUACAUGGCCUGAGAGGAGUGAGAGCUUCCCACUAUCAGGCUCGAAGCAGCCGCGGGUGAGCUGGGACGACCUCAUAGAGCAGGUGUUCGAAAAAGAUGAGGAUGGCCAGAUUGUGCUGCGUAGCUCCUCUCCCUCUUCCUGAUGCAAACCAUGUAAAGUUUCUUCGUUUUUGUUUUCUUGGCCUAAACAUACUGUGUUGUAAAUUCUUUUUGUAGUAUCUUGUUUAUUCUUUGCACAUGGUAUUUCUGUUCUUCAUUGAAUUUGUACUUGCAUCUCCUUGUGAUACAGAUGUGGUGUGAAAUGUACAGGGACAAAAAAUUCCUUAUUUCCAGUUGAAGUAUGUAUUAAUGUAUAUAACAGGAGACAAAAAAAAUA